UCAAACAGAAGCAACGUAGCUCAGGCCAGCUCUUAAGGAGUUAAAAGGCAAGUGAUCUGAGGCCAGUGGCAGGUAGGGGCAGCCUAAACAGGGGCUAAGCUGGAGCUGCAGAACUCAGUGAGGAGCAAACCCAGCCCUCCGUCCUGACUGUUCCCCUGAGAGAGAUGGCAGCAGCCAGAGCAGGAUUCAGCCCUCUGCUCCUGCUCCUGCUGCUGGGGCUGUGGCUAGCUGAGGUCCCAGUCAGUGCCAAGCCCAGCAACAUGACCGCAGCUCAGUGGUUUGCAACGCAGCACGUGCAGCCCAAACCCCAGGGAUGCGACACUGCAAUGAACAACAUCAACAAAUACACGAAACGCUGCAAAGACUUCAACACCUUCCUGCAUGAAUCCUUCUCCAGUGUGGCCACCACCUGUCAGACCCCCACCAUAGCCUGCAAGAAUGGCCGUAAAAACUGCCACCAGAGCCAAAGGCCUGUGUCUCUGAGCACAUGUAAGCUCACCUCGGGGAAGUAUCCAAACUGCAAGUACAAAAAGAAGCAACUGGUCGCUUCUUACAUUGUAGCCUGUGACGCUCCCCAGGCAGGAGGCUCUGGGAAAUUCAAGCUGGUCCCUGUGCACUUGGACUAGGUCCUUUAGGUUUGCAGCCUUCCUCCCUCAUGGGCUGUACCUUAAUUCCCUCUCCAGGCCUCUGUGCAAGUCUUUUUUUUUUUUUUAAUGUUUAUUUAUUUUUGAGAGAGAGAGAGACAGUGAGGGGGAGGGGCAGAGAGAGAGAGGGACAGAGGAUCCAAAGUGGGCUCUGCAUUGACAGAGGCGAGCCCAAUGCAGAGCUCAAACUCACAAACCUUGAAAUCAUGACUUGAGCCAAAGGCAGAUACUCAACUGACUGAGCCACCCAGGCGCCCCUCUGUGCCACUCUUCAUAUGUCCAGAAGGUUCUUUUCCUCUCAUCUCUUAGGGCCCUUCCUAGCUCUUCUGAGAGGCUGAGGGUGAGCUGAGGUAGACAGGUUGGAGGGCUAAGCUCCAGAACAGAUGGUCUUUCAUCUUUUUGUUGCUGUUUUCCCGGAAGCUUACCCUCAAGAGAGGGGUUGAGCAAGCUAAGAGUAUGGGUUCCCUGGCCUGUGCCUUGUACAUCUCUCCCCUGUCCCCUCUUUUCAUGGCAGCGUGACAAGAGGGGGAAAUAAAUGGACAAGAAGGGUAUGGGAUUUAUGGACAGAGCUGCUCCGGUUCCUAAACCAGGAAUCUUCCCCAGAUAACGUGGUAGUGACAUGGCCUGUGUGUGGAGAGGCAGCUGGGAAGAAAGAAAACAAAGUACCACUUCAUAUUUAUGUAGCAUUUUAGGCUUUCAUAGUGGAGCCACAUGAGUUCUUGUGAGAUAGACUUGAGAGGGAUUAUGUGCCUUCUUUAGGGCAGGAAAUUGAGAUUUGAGAAAGUGUAAUUCAUUAAAAAGCUUGUCAAACUGGUUAGUGGCAGAACCUGGACUUGCACUUAGGACUCCUUAUUCUAAAUACGGUGUACUUUGUACUUGACCAUUGUGCAAAAAAGGAGAGACCUCUAUAGGGACUAGAGAACUAGGUAAGAGUUCACCCAUAUCCCCUGAGAGCUCUCCGAAGAGCCAGUUGUCCUGUGCUGGCUGCAAUAAAGGUCACUACGUCUCUAGCCAAGAGCUGUUUAUGAGGUUCUCCAGGGAUCUUAAUCCAUUCUCUCUCUGCCUCUCUAACCGGGCUCCCCCUUCUCCAGCCCACUGUUCUUCCGACCCAGCCCCCCCACCCCCCCACCCCGGGCCUGGCUGUGGCUAGAUCCCUUUGGCCUGAAGGCAUAGGGUCAGGGGAGUGUCCCAGCUUCAUUCCCCUGCUCCAGGAUCACAUUUCCCUUGACCUCAAGGGACUUCCGUGGCCCAGAGCCUGCUGGUCACAAACAGGCUGGUGGGAGCUGCCAGAGCUUCCUUCCUCUGAUAAUGAUCUCUCCUGCCUCGGUGCUUCUCUGGCUCUCCAAUCUGGCGGUCUGCCCAGGCCGGAGGGCUUGAGAUGUGGAAAUGCCAUCUCCCUGUCCCCCCAGGUGUAGACACCACUUCUCCCUCUCUAGUGAGCAGAACUGGAGAAGCUGUGGCUUUACACUGGCUCUGUUCUGAUAGUGUCCCCCACCCCCCGCCACCACAUUGCCUGCAGCCCUCACCAUCAUCAGCACAUUCUCUAUUUCAGUCCUAAACUGACUAUGCCCAUGCCCACCCUACUUCACUGUCCAAUUACCUUGUUAGACUUUCCCUUCCCAGCUGGGGAGUCUGUUCCCUACCUGUCCCUCCCCGACACCACCCAUGCUCCUGUACUCCUUACCAGAGUUAGAGUCAGUUUUGGAGACAGAUAAAAUUGGGUGUAAAUCUUGGUUGGCUCAGUGUUCCUGGCCAAGUGACCUCGAGCAAACUACUGAACCUCUCUGCAGCUGUGCUUCCAUACAGCAAAAUGGGAGUGAUACCACCUACCCAAUAGGAUUGCAGGAAAAUUUAGAAAUGAUAUUUAUGAUGCCUUAAGCAGCCCUCAGCCCUGGUAGGCAAUUAAUAAUGACCACUAGUAGUAACAAAUAGUUGUCCAGUCAAAUCCACGGUGGCAAACAUGCCGACGAAGGCAAAUGCCCCACUCAACUUUCCUUGAAGGCCUUCUUCUGCUAGAGUGAUGUUCAUGAGUAGCUAGAGGACAAGUCUGCAGAGUCCUGCUGGGUGGGCUGGUGUUUGGAGAGGAGGCGGAGGGAAGGUAGGGAGGGGAUGAUCAAAAGAAAGAGCGGAACGUUGAACAAUUCAAGCAGAACGUGGGGCACUACGUUGCUGAGUCUUGGAAGUAGAGGUGCACUAAAUACACAUUGUGGCCAGAUUCCAAAUUACAAAGUGUAAAUCUAUAUAUCCUAUGGUCAUUAUACUCUGCGUUUAUCACUUUAUUUUUUUAAUGUUAUUUGUUUUUGAGAGAGAGCACACACGCACAAGCGGGGGAGGAGCAGAGAGAGAGGGACAGAGGAUCCAAAGCGGGUUCUGUGCUGACAGAGGUGAACCAGAUGAGGGACUGGAACUCACCAUGAGCCAAACCCUGAGAUCAUGACCUGAGCCGAAGUCAGAUGCUCAACAAACUGAGCCACCCAGGCACCCCAUUUAUCACUUUAAAUAGAUGGUUUCAAUGAGGUGCAUAGAAAGCAAGAUACUUGGGGGUAUUGACUUUUUCCCUUUUUUUUUCACAACUCUUUAUAUAUUAAUAUAAAUAUAAAUUGUAUAAGUUGAUAUAUACCAUAUAUAAAUUAUAUAUAUAUUGAUGUUUUUUCUUAUGGAUAUUAUGGUUUUGAAGACCUCCUCCUCACAAAAUUUUGAAGUGGCUAUAAUGAUGCUUUUAGUGCAUCCUCUCAAAAUGAAAAGAAUUUCCAGAUAAAACUUUUUCUUAAAAGAUUCAUGACCUAAAUAGUACUAAGUAACUAAAAAUCAAGCAUAAUUCCAAAGUAAUCUGUGGUGAUGGAGUUCAAAAUAGUGGUAUAUUGGGGAGUACUAACUGGCAAGGGGUAAGAGGUAAGCUGGAAAUGUUCUUUCUUGGUCUGGAUGUUUACUUUGUGAAAACCCAUUGAGUUGUACACUUAAGAUUUGUAUAGUUAACUGUAUGUAAAUUACACCUCAAUAAAAAAUCCUUCUGAAUGUA